GGUCGAUUAACUGCAACAGUCGAUCGUGCAUGAUUGCGUGUGUGCGGAUUGCACCGCCGCUUCGAGGCAGCAGUUUUAUUUACUAAUUAGAGUGCCGAUGUGCGGUAGGAAGCGUUAAAUGUGCGUGGAAAAUGUCGAAUCCGGGCGGUAGUAGGAGGAAUGGGGCCAUGAAGAUUCGUUUGACGAUUUUAUGUGCCCGUAAUCUUGUCAGGAAAGAUUUGUUUCGCCUACCGGACCCUUUCGCCAAGAUCACAGUAGACGGUUCUGGUCAGUGUCAUAGCACAGAUACAUGCAAAGCAACACUAGAUCCUAAAUGGAACCAACAUUAUGACCUAUACAUUGGAAAGAAUGAUGGCAUUACUAUAUCAGUGUGGAAUCAUAAGAAAAUUCAUAAAAAGAAAGGUGGUGGGUUUUUGGGAUGUGUACGAAUAUUGUCCAACACAAUUCAAAGACUCAAGGAUACUGGAUACCAGCGACUAGACCUUUGCAAAGCCCACUCAGAUGACACUGACGUUGUUAAAGGACAAAUUGUUGUAUCCUUAUUGUCACGGGAUGGUCACAAUGGUGCUGUGAGCAAUACAGUAGGUCAUAAUGCUGUGGUAGAUGUUCUUGGGGAUCUCAGUUGUCCCACUGAUCUGCCAGAAGGGUGGGAAGAAAGGAGAACUCAUAGUGGACGUCUCUAUUAUGUCAAUCAUUACCUCAGAAGUACACAAUGGAUUCGUCCAAAUGCUCGGCCUAACAAUGGUAUUAUACCAACUACACCCGAGCCACCACCACUUCCGUUUUCGGAAUUUACUUCGCCCAGUGGUAGUGGAAGCCCUCCUAAUCUAACCACUGAAAGUCCUACAAGAUGCACACCUGAAUGGAACGGUGAAGGAACGCCUAGUAGAACACCCAGCAGAGACAGUUCUACAUCAAACACCCCAAGAAAUACACCAACGACCCAACAACAGAAUAGAAACAUACAAAAUCAACAUAAUACAAGAAAUAUGACACCGGCGUCGUCAAGAGAACGUCGACCAGUAAGAGCAUCUGAUGAACAAAACGGCAAUCAAAGUGGGAAUGUUAGACCAGAUCGUGGUACUAAUAAUAGUCAACCACGGAGGCCUAAUCGAAGUAAUAGAAACAGAAACAGCGUAACAGCUAAUAACGAGAUGAGAUACGAUCCUCCGCAACCACCAGAUUUGCCUCGAGGAUACGAAAUGAGAAAAACCCAACAAGGUCAAGUGUAUUUUUAUCAUGUACCAACUGGUUCGUCUACGUGGCAUGAUCCUAGAAUUCCUAGAGAUUUACCAGCCAACGAAUUAGCAAGUGAACUUGGACCAUUACCUAGUGGUUGGGAAAUGCGACAAACGCAUAGUGGUCGCGUUUAUUUUGUCGAUCAUAAUAAUCGAACUACGCAAUUCACUGAUCCUAGACUAUCCAGUCAAAUUAUAAGCAAUCUAUUAAAUAGGAGACAAAAUAAUAGUACAACUAAUCAAACAAGUAGCGCAAAUAAUUCACCAGCAGUCACAGCUGCAAGCGAAACUACAGAAACAGAGACACCAACAUCACCAAGUAUUCAAUGCAAUAUAGUUCAACAAAGGCCAAGAACAGAGAGUGGCAGUAACAAUAAUUCACCAACUUUGGAAAAUACAACGAGUCAAAAUGCGCAGACCGUAUCUGAAUUGCCAAAGGAACUCAUGGAUAAUGAACUUUUGCCGAAAUACAAAAGAGAUCUAGUGGCGAAAUUAAAAUGUUUGAGGGCAGAAUUAAAUGCUCUUCAACCACAGAGUGGACACUGUAGGCUUGAAGUAUCCAGAAAUGAAAUUUUCGAAGAAUCGUAUAGAUUAAUAAUGAAAAUGCGACCAAAAGACAUGCGGAAAAGGCUUAUGGUAAAAUUCCGUGGUGAAGAAGGCCUCGAUUAUGGUGGUGUUGCUCGAGAAUGGUUAUAUUUACUAUCUCAUGAAAUGUUAAAUCCACAAUAUGGACUAUUUCAAUAUUCGAGAGAUGACAACUAUACGCUUCAGAUUAAUCCAGAUUCAGGAAUAAAUCCAGAACAUUUAUCGUACUUCCACUUUGCUGGCAGGAUAAUAGGAAUUGCUGUUUUUCAUGGUCACCAUAUCGACGGUGGAUUCACAACUCCGUUUUACAAAAUGUUGCUUAACAAAGCAAUUACUCUAACUGAUAUAGAAGGGGUCGAUCCAGAAUUACACAGAAGUCUCACGUGGAUGUUAGAAAACAGUAUAGACGGAGUUUUGGAUGCUACAUUUUCAGUAGAACACAGUAGUUUCGGAGUAUUAAAAAAUCACGAGCUAAAACCAGGCGGCAAAGACAUUCCCGUAACUGAAGAAAAUAAAAGGGAAUAUGUCCGCCUAUAUGUAAAUUAUCGCUUCAUGCGAGGAAUUGAACAACAGUUUCUAGCAUUACAAAAGGGAUUCCACGAACUAAUUCCACCGCAACUGUUAAGACCAUUCGACGAAAGAGAAUUAGAAUUGGUUAUAGGUGGUUUGGGAACUAUUGAUAUUAAUGACUGGAAAAUGCACACACGAUUAAAACAUUGCACACCUGAUACGCCAGUGGUAAAGUGGUUCUGGCAAAUAGUCGAGUCUUACGGAGAAGAAAUGAGAGCCCGAUUACUUCAGUUUGUUACCGGAAGUUCCAGAGUUCCCUUGCAAGGUUUUAAGGCUUUACAAGGUUCAACAGGAGCUGCAGGUCCACGUCUGUUCACAAUUCAUGCAGUCGAUGCACCUAGUGAAAAUUUGCCAAAAGCGCAUACUUGUUUCAAUAGAAUAGAUAUACCCGAAAGUUAUCCCAGUUAUCAGAAAAUGCUUGAUAAGCUUACACAGGCGGUUGAAGAAACCUGUGGUUUUGCUGUUGAAUAAAUAGGUAAAAUACGUUACCUUAUUUUCUGUAUAGUAUAUACUCUGUUUCAUAGAAUCACUCAGAGUAUACAUUUUUAUAGCAGGGAAUAUUCGUCGACAGAUUUUUACUGUCGUUAAAUUAAAAAUUAAUGUUUGAAGUACCAAGAGAUGUUAUCUAAGAAGAAUAAGAAAGGAAAGAGCUAGUACUAUAAAAUGAAAAUGUUAAUACGUAGAAUGUCAGUGAUAUCUCUGACAAUGUUUUUUGUACAAAUAUUCAAAUGGCCUUGGUGGUUGUAAUGACUGACAAGCGACUGUCGAUUGGUAUAUCAUGUAUGUAAACACUCUUGUGAUUUUCUCACUUCGUCCAUGAACAUUUAAAAAAUGAAUGGUUCCUCAGAAGUUCUGAUUAUAUUGGUCUCUAGCUAUUUAUCAUUCAAUGACUGAUAGUGAUGUGCAAAUAUUGCAGUUUCAUUCAGGUAAUCAUUUUGAUUGGCCUAAAUUUUUUCAAUUUUAUUUAUAGUAAUCGAGUUUUCCGUCAUAAUUAUAGUACCAAUAAUUAACUCAUAAGAUCACUAUUAAAGAAUUAACUUCAUUGUUCAAGGUAUGAUAGAUGAAUCAUGCAUGCACAAAUAUGUAUGGAAAAUGAAUUCUUUCACAAAAUGAAAAGCAUUGUUCAAUUCUAAACACGCUCAUGUUAGUAUUUUGUAUUAAACAAAAAUGUAAAAACAUAGUCGACAAACAACUUAAGAAUCUCAGAGUGUUCAGAAUUACUUAAUACGCAUUAUUAGUACAAAUCAAUUUUCUUUUGUGCAAUGUUCUUUCAUUCUCGAAAGAUUUCAGUUUCUCUUGAAUCAAAUGUAGUAACAAUAUGCACUGUCAAUUAAUACUUCUACAUUAACUAUCUCCGAAGUAAUAGAAUUUAGUGUCAGAUUAAUAACGUAUACUCAAAUUCACGCUACUAUAAUCAGAUAUUGAAAACAUGUGUUGGGAAUCUAGUAUUUUACAAAUGUAUUAUAACACAAUGGCUCAUGGUGGCUAAGGGGAAAAUACAAAAUUUAUAUAUACAUCAUGACCUUAAACGCAAGUGUUACGUUUAUUAUUUAAUGAAUAUAUUUUAUAGAUGCUUUCAUUUCUGUAUAGGAACGCGCUGAUUUUGCAUCAACUAUGAUAACGUAUUAGCGUACAUUUGAAUAUAAAUAAGGAAUGUUUACUUAACUACUAGUCAACGUUUUUUUCAUGAGUGAUAAGUAUACGAAAACUAAAGGAAAAAAAAUAAUACCUCUCUUUUUUUGCUCUUCUCAUGAAAAACACUGACUAGUAACGUGUAAAUGCUCCGUACGUUAAAACCCCGUUAUCGAAAAUAAGAAAGCGCGUUUCAGCAUUAAACCUAUUUUUGUUGCAAUACAAACAACACUUGCGUUUGGGAGUUUCGUAACGCAAUCAGCAAAUUUUGUUAUCGCUGCGUUAUUCGUACGAAUCGCAGAUUAUUGUUGCUAGUUUAGGAGCCGACAGCACCGAAUGCGUUAAUAAAAUAUAAAUAAUAAAGUUUAAUAUAAAUUAAUACCAGAAGCGUAUAACGUGUACGCCAAGUUCUAGUGUAGGUUGAAUCGUGAAUCAUGUACAUUAGCUUUAAUUUAAACACGGUAUAGAUAUCUAAGGAAAGAGUUUAUUCGACACAUUUAUGUAAAGUUAAUAAAUUUUGCUCGAAUCGACUCUUUUACUUUAGGAAUUCACGAAAUAAUCUAUACUUUACUAGGUUUUUUAGUAAAGCGUAGAGAAACUUAUUUAUCGCACGGAUCCUUCAUUCGGUCUCUAGUAUUUACUUCUAUUGUAAAGAUCUAGCGGCUAAUAGCACGAAUCAUCAUUUCGUAUUAUUAUUACAUUGUAUUUUAUUCUGCACAUAACUGUGAUCAAACAUAUCGUAAAAAAAGGAAGAAACAGUGGGGGACACUUAUCAAUGGUUUGUUCGAAUAUUCCACAUGUACUCGUAUGAGUUGUGAAGCGACAAACCUUUGUAUGAAUACUUGUUUUAACAUUGUUUUUAUUUACGUUACAUCAUCAUCUUUUAUAUUUCACCUGUAAAAGUAUCACCCGUUUUUGAUUUUGAAAUACGGUCUGACUACUUCGCCUUCAUACUUUUGUUGUAUAUGUUUCACCCUUUUGACGAUUGAUAUUGAUAGUGAUCAUGAGAACGUUCAUGUCGACAUAUUUGUAAAGUUCUGCGAAACAGUAUUACCCGAAAUUUAUGAUAUUACAAAUUUUGAAAAGUGCAAUGACUCCUAAAUAUUCUAUUUUUGUUUGCUUGAUAUUAAAUCUUUUUAAGAUUGCACUCAAGUUUCUUUAUUAAUUUCUUUAUAAUUUGAAUUUACAUAUCGUGAGUAAUUGGGCAUUCAUGAUGUUGAAUUGCUGACAACUACAAUGAGGGUCUCCCACAAGUUUCUCAUAUCGCAAACUUUUUUUAAUUUCUAUUGCAUCUGACGGGAAUAAAGGCCUUAUUAGUGCCUUGGAGAUGAUGUCAAUGAAAAAAAGAACAAAAGUUUUAUGUCUAUUAUAUUUUGGAAUAAAAAUAAUGCUGCAUGCCAUUUUAA